AUGGCCGCGGCAUUGGCUGCGUGCAGGAGGGCCCUGCUGCAAUCGGGGUACAAUUCCAAGGCGGUGGCGGGGCUGGUCACAGACCUCAGCGCUGUCGUGCCAACACGCUGCUCCUAUUCCUGUUACUCGUUUCCCCUCCGCGGCCAGGGCUCCUACCCUGGGAGGAGUCGCCAAAUCCGCUACGUCUCUCAGUUACUCAACAAGGCAAAUGGGAAGCGGGCGUUCCUCGUCGACACGCUGGCGCUGGUGCGUGGCGUGUAGGAGCCGUUUUGAAAUUAUCGUUUCCAUAUUGCCAAUAGCGACGUGUUAUACCGUGUUCGGCGAAUUGACCGCCAUUUGUUGUGUAACGAUAUUUUGUAGGUCAGGAGGCUUGAGGCCCAAGGCAUCCCCUCGCAGCACGCUGAAGCCAUCACCUCGGCCAUAACCGAAGUCCUCAAUGACAGCCUGGAGAAUGUGGCCCAGUCCUUUGCCUCGCAGGGCGAGCUCCAGAAGGUAACUUAUCCAUCGGUCGUGCUCCCUUAUCCCCACCCAAAUGGUGUUGUGCUUAAAACUACUUCUAUCUUGUAAAUCAUCGAAUACCCCGAUCCUGUUGCUCAUCGUUGCAUUGAUAGAUUGUAAUAUUGUUGGGGAGAAACACAUGGAUAUGGAAACUGUUUGCUGAGCCCACGUUGGUAUAAUUUUGAUUGGUUUCUAUCUGCUCUCGCUCAGUCGCUGUACUUUGGUUACAGUUAUAUGCUCAACUGAAAAGCUCGUGUAUUCUAGACGUUCGCAAGUGGAAAGUCUGCAACAGACCACUGCAAUUCCCGAUUGCAAUUUUCUCUGCCUGGGUUAUUCAAAGCAUCUGAUUAAUGGAACCCUUGACUUAAUUCAAAGUUUCCUUAUAGUUGCCCAUAGAGCAACGGUUGACCAUGGGAAUUCAUUGCUCGAAGCCUAGGAAUGUGGAAGCUGAGAGAAUAUAAUAGGAUAUUUAUCUAUGCAUUUAAUCAAGCGUUUGGAUAAAAAGGUAUUCCCAGUCACUCAGAGGUGUGAGAUUAUCACUUGUUUAACAAAGAACAGAAAGAAUUUUUGAGAGGUAUUGUAUCUUGAUUUUAUAUCCAACUAAGUAUUGGUGUUAUAUUUUCUACGAUCUAUUGAGGAAAAAAAAAUUAGAAGUGGUUCCAUCCAUGUUUCUCUCUUCCUCACUUUGUAGUAUGCCAGCCUGCAUCCUAUUGUGGCCUUCUUGCAGACAUGGUUUUCAUAAAAUGCAGCCUGAUUUAGCAUUUGCCUUGACUCUUUCUGCCUGGGAAACCAAUGAUCGCUACUCUUCGUCUAGCACUUCCGGUUAUGUGCUGAUAGCAUGCACCAGUGAGGCCUGAGGAAAAAAUACCUGAAAUUGUCCUGUAGCGGUUCUAGUAUCUGGAGUAGCAUGCCACUUCCAUUAUAUUCUCCUCACAUCCCUUUCUUCCCUGACCAUGAUGCUCUCUGUAUUGAUGUACUGAAAAAUCAUUAGUCCAACCUCAGAAAAUUAUGAUUACACAAUGGAGAAUGUAUGUUGUAACCGGAGGAGAGGAACAGACUUAAUAAAUAAAAUAUUAAUAUAAUGCUUACACUACGUUAAAGAUCAACUUUCUGAGGAUUAAAAGAAUUUUUUUUUAACCAUAGGAUGCAAAAAGAGAGGGUAAUGCAUUAUUGACUACUUAAUGAGGGUUUUGGCACAUACUUUCCGAGGGUAAUCAGAAAACCAUGAAACUCAAAUGGUAAUGUCAAGUUAUAACCUACUUUUUAACCUUGCCGUUCCUUGCCUAUGACCCCUUGAUUUUAGAUUGAUCAUGCAGACCGUGAUUGACAUCAUUCUUUUACUUUUUUUAAUAUACUUUAAUGGUGUUGAUCUUCAAUAAUAUGAUCCAAACAGAUUCAGGUUGGGAACAUCCCUAUAGAGGAUACAUUUUCUUUCAGGAAAAUUCGCAGCUAAUGUCUUCAUUGGUGAUGAUCACGAUGUUAUAACUUGACCCAUAGUAUCCAGUUGAAUGUUUGAAUGUCAAAUAUGUAUACGAAUAUAACUGGAUAAAUGUAACAUUAGAGGAGCAAAGGACGUUCUAAAGCUUCUUGGAAUACAAAGCGCUGAUGCUUACUUUGGACUGGUUCCUGAGCCAAAGGUUUUCAAGGUAACUAUGGAUUCAUGAUUAUUGAGAAUAAUGCUAAUCUUUGUUAACUUGAGGAGGAUCGUUUCGGGGAACUACCAUUGAGACUGAAUUUCUUAGACAUCACUGCAUUUUUUUGGACAAACAUACAACUGGUUUCUAAAGGGCUCUAUUACUGCAAGCGAAUCAAUUAUAAACAGCCAUAGGAAGAGGGACCUUUCUUUUCUGUGUUCGACUGUGGGAAGUGAAAUGUAAUCACUGUUAGGUAUAUGGGAGGAAACAGAUGCUAGCUUUAAUGUAGAUCUCUUAGACAGUUUCCGAUUUUGUAUGGAGUUAAAAGAGUGUCAAAAGGGGUCGUGAGUUUUUUUUUGGGAGCAUAUAGAACACCAUAUAUUUUCAAUUAAUAUAACCUAAAUGCCGGCCCAAGAGUUUUGGGGAUACGUAUUACCACUUGAGUAUUUGUAAUUUAUAUCUAUCUUCUGCUCCAUGUAAAUGUGAAAUGUACCCAGAAUUUUUUUAUUACGUUUUUGCUUUUUACCACUUUUGUCUGCCUGUGGCUCCUUGCUAUUCUGAUUAAGAGGAGUGCCUAGCUUUCUUCAUCUUAUUUUUCUCUUCAGGUUGUGUUAAUGUUUUUUUCGGUUGAAGCUGAUAUGUGAAAAUUUUUACCUGUUCAGUGCUGGCGAGUUUUUGUCUCAGAAAGGAGAGCGUGUGUUAAAGAGUGGGGUCUGUCUUGAUGGGUGAUCAAGGCUUAUUGGUUUGGCAGCAUGGUUGAAUUUUUAUUCUCCCUUGGAUGAUAUAUCAAUGAACUAAAUACGGAGCGAGCAGAUUUCGUUAGCUCCUUUGAAAAUGUGGUUUCAAAUCAUAAACCAAGUCAUCGUUGAAAAAAGCCUACUUUUGGUCAACAUUUGGUAGGGAUGGAAUCAGAUGGACAUGCUAUCAUACAUUUUUUUAAUAAAACAUGAGGCUAUCUGAUUAUUGCAUCUGAAUUUUAUUGGCUUGUCUCAUUAUUUAGAAUUUGGUUCGAAUAUGCCUUUUUUUUAAAUGCCUUACCCAUCUCGCACAUUUGCAUCCAGUGUAAUCCAUGUAAUGGCAUGAUGGGAAAAGUAACUGCAUAAUCAUUAAGCUCUUAAAUAAGGGAUUAUUGAUAAAGAUAAACUGAUGUUGAUGUCUUAUGGUCGAUCUGCAACCGAUAUACUGAAUUUGGUCAUUUGAGUUGAUAAUCAUUGCUUUCAUCUUUGAUCGGAGGAUCAUCUUUAAAACAGGACCUCAUAUUUUGCCUUACAUUUCAAAGCGAAGACAGUUUUUCUGUUGGAGCUUUAUUGGAGAGAUUUUUUAUCUAAUCUUAUUUAUAAGUUAACUUUAGGAAAAAAACCAUAAAUCUAGGUUUACCUCCAUAUGGGGAAAAAUAAAUAGCAUGACUUUAGGACAAGGGGGGUUGUAUCAAACGUUACACUGUGAUAUUUGCAUGUAGAAAAGUACCUUCGUGGGUUUAUGGAUUUUGCUGAUUCUUAUAGUGGGUAAUCUUCUGCAUUCUCUUGCGUAGUUGAGGAGAUUGUUUGCCUCAGAUAUAUGAGAUUUUCUCAAAGUCAGCACUCAGGUGAAGAAUGAAUUGAUCUGGGAAAACAGAGAAUGGUCCUUGUUAGACCUUUGAAUAUUUUUCUGUGCUUGAACUGGAAACUGCGUUCCUUGAUUGCUCUAGAGGAUGGAUGUACUUUCAGUUUCUAUCUAUUGGUUUCCUCGUAUCCUAUGGCUCUACAUAUCCUCUAUUGAAGGGAUUCCUCAAUCAUAAUUCUCACCAGCACUAGGCGUUGAAUGAAUGCUUUGCUAAAUGUGGGUGCAUAUUCUGUUUCAGGAACACCAUUUCUCGAUUUUGCAGCGUGAGACAGAAAAACUCAAGACUGAUAUCGAGAAACUACGCAGUGAACUGAGGUUGGUGAUUCAUAUGGAUAUGAAUGGACGAACAGCUCCUGUUUGCAUCAUUAAAUACUCACUUCUAAGCAUUAUUUUUCUCAACAGAUAUGAGAUCGAUAAGGUCACUGCUGGGCAGCGUCUGGAUUUAAAUCUCGAGAGAGGGUGUGUGAAUGUCAACGUUGUCUUUGCUGUGACGCAAAUGGGCCUGGUUUUCUCGUCUACUAAACCCCACUUAUCAUGGCCAUUGCAGGCGUACUCGCGACGAGCUGGCCAAGCAGAAUGCUGAAACCAGCGAGCUCACCAACAAGCUCGACAGGGUGAGGUUUCGAUCCUUCAGAAAACUGUGGAGAAGAUCCUCAGAUCUCCUAUUCUGAACUCGUUACCUGUAUUGUACUUACAGGAGAUUCAUGCGCUGAAAGCCCAGCUGGAAGGUGCGAAAUAUGACGUCAUAAAGUACUGCAUUGGUACUCUCGUCUCCAUUACCGCCGUCGGCCUCGCUGUGAUCCGGAUUCUGAUGUGA